AUGACAUACACCAAUCGCCAUAUGCGUCGUUCUGGCCGUAAACCGGCUCUAUACUUUUAUAUCCGGUUCGGUUCGAGAGACACUCCUCCCGUACCUAGACCUGCCAGUAUCCCUCCAUACCAGCCUGAGUUAUUCAAGCGAAACAAAGAAGAUGAAGCACAACUCAAACAACUACGUGCGCGCCACUCCCGGGAUUGGAGUCAAAUAGACGCCCAAGCCUACGAGGAUAUCAUGGACAGAGACGCGGCUAGGAGCGAUGCAUCCAAAGAACCGCUGAGGCUUAUUAUAUACAGCUACUUCGAGCAUCUCAACCUUCCUCCUCUGCCACCUCCUCUUCCAGGAUGUAGCACAAGUGUACUAUUCAAGAGAGCGGAAAACCACAGUAACGAGAGUGUUAGGCCCUUCAUGGUGGCUUGCGAUAAAGGCUUGCUUGAUGAGGUCAAGGCUUGGACGGAAGAUGGGGAACACAUAGAAGAGCUUCAACAGCUGGGUCUCCAAGACGGGUUGGUUUACGCAGCGAGGGCGAAUCAGAUUGAAGUAGUGCGAUAUCUGCUCGAUGAGAGAUGGACUCCUCUGAACGGUGAAGUGGUGAGAGAAGCUUGCGAUAACCUUUCCCUCCCGCUGUUCGAAAUCUGCGUCCGGCAUGGUUAUCACCCCAAUCAGCAAAUACCCAGCCGCGAUGGGCAUUUCGGAGUUGCCAUAAACCACUGUGUUCAAGACGUGGAUAUCACUCGUUUUCUCCUUGAACAUGGCGCAGAUCCAGACCUUGCCCCAUUCAAGGACGGAAGGCUACAUGACUGGGGGGAGAAAGCCACGCCACCAAUGGACCGUACAUCAGGACUCGCACUCGACCUCUCAGUUGAAAAGAGCCCAAUGAUUGUGGUGCAGAUGCUUCUUGAGUAUGGCGCUCAUCCACAAUACUCACGUCCACUACACGGAGCUAUUAAAAGAUUACACCGCCAUUCAGUUCCUGGCGCUGAGGAAGACUGGAGACCACUGAUGGGGAUGGCUUUAAAUUACGGAGCUGAGAUCAAUGCAAGGACCUACUCGGGCGGUACAGCGCUGUCGACGGCUGCUCAUUACGAAAACUGGGAAAUAGUCGAGUUUCUCAUUGAGAAGGGCGCGGAUCCGUUCGUCAAGUGUCCUUCCUCAAAACAAGAUUCGUUCGAUUCAGCGCUGAAAUUUGAGGAUCAGCCUUGGCAGAGGAGCAAGGAGGUGAAAGAAUAUCUGAAGAGUUUGAUGAGUGGAUCAAAACUGGAGAUUAGAGGAGAAGCCCUAGAGGAGGCGAGGAAUAAUCCACUGGUGCGGAUCAUUGAGAAAGUGAAGAGCAGAGAUAUGGCCAGGUUAGAGAUUGCGUAA